AUGGAUCGUGAGAGAUGCCGGAGAAUAUUUGAUGAUGUUCCAAGGAGAAAGAGAAGCAGGAGGAACUCAGUCACAGAGAGGAAGACCCUGGAUUGUCAAGCUUCAGCUUUGUCUUCCGCUGUUCCUACUCCUGCUCCAACUUCAGCUCCAGCUUUUGUUGCAACUAGACUCAAUGGUCUCCGUCAGGACGACGCUGGAUUGUCUGGAUCUAGCACUGGCUCCUGCUCCAGCCCCGACUCCAGCACCGGAUCCAACUCGGUUCCAGCUCCAGUUCCGUCACCGGCUCCGGCUGGAUCCUGUUGUUGUUGUAGCUCCACUGCCGACUCCGGCUCAGCUGUGUGA